AUGAAGUCUGUACUGUUGUUCCUAAUCUUGACAAACAUCCCCGCUUCUUUACAGUCCUCUUAUAACGACAAUCUAUCGGAUAUUCUGUCCAGAUUGGAAAAACUUGAAAAAGACAACAGAGAGAAGGAUAGUGUGAUUUCAUUUCUCCUGGAAAAGACCAAAUACUGCCCAACAAGCUACAUUGGGAGUGAUAAUGGAACUAUUCAACAUUCCAAAAAAGCUAUUUCAAACCCUAUAUCAACUGGGCUGCUCCCUGCAUUUCACGCCCGCCUGUCACGUGAUCUGACAAAUAUUGGAACAGGUCAGCCAAUUGUGUUUGACUUGGAAACUCUUGAUACAACGAAUUCAUACGAGCCCAGUGAUGGAAUUUUUACGGUUCCUAUGAAUGGAGUUUAUGUGUUUUACUGGAAUCUUCUGACCAAUCAGGCGUCCGGAAUGGAUACAACUUUAAUGUCAACUCAUGGACCACUAGGAUUUGGCUUUGUCAGCCAUGCAGAAAACUAUGAAAAUGGAGGAAAUUUGAUAAUAGCAAAACUCACUUCCGGAACACAUGUCUGGGUUAAGAAAGCUGACAAAUAUGGAGAUUUUUUGCAUGAGAGAUUCUCCACGUUCUCCGGCUAUCUUAUCCAAGAAACAGAUUAA